CAGACAAAGGUCCUUUUUCGCCUUACCAACCAACAUGGGAUCGCCUUCACAGAACGAUGGCUCCCUUCCACCAGGCAUGGUAAUAGGCCCAGAUGGCAAGCCCUGCAGAGUCUGUAGCAGUGGCGCUGCGUUUCGAGCCUGGAGACCGCCCACGACAGCAACAAAAACCGCGUCAUCGACGGCGGCUGCAGCUGCGACAGUGCCAGUGACACCACCAACCGAAUGUCCUCCCGACGUCGAGCAGCUUGGUCGCGCGACGUGGACGUUCCUCCAUGUCACAGCCGCCUACUAUCCCGACCGUCCGACGCCCAACCAGCGCGCCAAUAUGCUCACGCUACUCAGAGCACUCCCAGUGCUGUACCCGUGCUUCUACUGCGCCAGUGAUUUUGGGAAGAACAUAGAGGCACAUCCACCAGACGUUAGCAGCAGGGCAGGAUUGAGUCGGUGGUUGUGUGAGAGACACAACGAGGUCAACUUGAAGCUCGGAAAGCCACAGUUUGAUUGUUCAUUAGAAAAGACGGACGAGAGAUGGAAAGACGGUGCCUGUGACUAGAACGUCUGUAUAUUUUACAAAUAUAAUUUCUACAAUGCUGCAACACGAAACUACGAUGAGCGAGAAAAGAAAAAACGACCAAAGAACGAUCGUGACAGAGCAUUAUCCUGCUCCUCCUCACUUGCACCAAUUACCCGUCCUCGUCCAUCCGUGACAAACGGCGGUCGCCCAUUUUCUGUGCUAGACUGCCCGCCAUCUGCUGUCGAGUCCACCGAAUCUUCUGUGUCGUCGGGAGUCUCGUCGUCAACGUCGAUACCCAAGUCCA